GGGCUACUGGCCAAAGCGGCAGUAAAAAGUAGAAAGAAAAAAAAAGGAAAGAAAAAAAAUCAACUUUGCAGCUGCAGUCAACACGAAUGCAGUUACUAUAUAAUCGGAAGCUAUAUAGCAAGACGCAUCGAUCGAUCGUGGUGACGAGGGCCAUCGACACAGAGAGCGGCGACAAGAAUUUGGCAACAAUCUGGCAAGAUGAGCAGUCAGCAGCGGACGGUGAUUAUUUUCAAAUCGGAAUCGGACAGCACAGAUGUCUAUGCGGAGACCUUGCUGGGACACAAUUUUCAGCCGCUGUUCGUGCCGACGCUGAGCUUCGGCUAUAAGAACCUUGACCAGCUGCGCGACAAGCUCCUGACGCCGGAUAAAUAUGCGGGCAUCAUAUUUACCAGUCCGCGAUGCGUUGAGGCCGUCGCCGAGGCACUGCAGCUGGGCGAGCUGCCCGGCGGUUGGAAGAUGUUGCAUAACUAUGCCGUGGGCGAGGUUACGCACAAUCUGGCCAUGAGUACGCUGCAGCAGCUCUUCACGCACGGCAAGCAGACGGGCAAUGCCCGCAAUCUGGGCGAUUUCAUUGUGGACACGUUCGACGGGUCGAGGAACUUGCCGCUGCUGCUGCCGUGCGGUAAUCUGGCAACGGAUACGCUGCUCUCGAAGCUGGUUGAGAACGGUUUCUGUGUGGAUGCCUGCGAGGUGUACGAGACCAAGUGCAGUCCCCAGCUGGCCGAGUGCAUGGAUCGUGCUCUGAAAGCCGAAAAUAUUGAGUUUCUCGCAUUCUUCUCACCCUCCGGCGUGAAUUGUGCGAAUGAGUACUUUAAGGCCCACAACAUUGCGCCGGAUCAGUGGAAGCUAGUGGCCAUUGGGCCGAGCACGCGGCGCGCUCUGGAAUCUCUCGGACUGAAGGUCUUUUGCACCGCUGAGCGGCCGACGGUGGAGCAUCUGGUGAAGGUGCUGCUCAAUCCGCAGGAGAGUCGGGAGCGCUUGGUGCGUGAACGUGAACGUGAACGUGAAAUUGAACGCAUGGAUUUAGCAUAAAUUUGUGGGCAUAUU